AUGAAAAGAUGUUCUCCUGUCCUCAACACUGUCAAUGGAGUAGCUGUCGGUGAAGCAACCCUUCCAAUUUGGGUGGACCACUCCAAGACCUUGCUGAACCGGCCAGCACUGUCGGCUCCUGAACUCGAACACGUUCAAAGACCGACAUAUGCGGUUAACGAGGAGUCACCGUCCGAGUCGGAGGUCCUGGUCAUUCAAAAAAUGAAGAAUGGGAAAUCUGGUGGAGACGACGGGAUUAGCGCAGAUCGUGAGAUGACAAAGAUCAUCCGUUCAAUAUGGAUAGACGAAAGGACACCUAAUUCGUGGAGACACGCUAUCAUAAUUCCCCUCCAUAAGAAGUCACGGACUCUAGGAAUUAUUGAGGAAUCUCUUUGCUGCGUGUUAUGUACAACGUAUUGGAGCGCAUUAUCUUGGACUAACUCAUUAAACAUCGUGAAGAAACAACGCGCGACGAGCAAGCAGGCUUUCGUCCUGGUCGAUCUACCAUUGACCAGGUGUUCAUCGUCAGGAGGGUGA